CUUUUCUCAGAUCCACUCUUCUCUCCAUUGAUCAUUAACACAUAUACACAGUAACAUGCCUAUUAACAAGAAGAAGGUCGCUGCUCGAAAGGCUGUUGCAACCCGUAAAAACGCUGCUGCCGCCAAGGUUGAGUCAAAGAAGGAACAAGAAGUGAACGCCAAGGAAGAACAGCAAGAAUCUGGAAGUGAAUCGGAAUCCGACGCCGAUAACAAUGACGAGGAAUUGAAGGACGCUUCCGACGAAGAGAAAGACAGCGAGUCUGGAUCUUCUUCAUCGUCAGAGGAAGAGGAAGAGGAAGAGGAAGAGGAAGAAAAGGCUACUGAAAAAGAACAAGAAAUGUCAGAAAAUGACGACGACGAGGAGAGCAGCAGCAGCUCGGAUUCAGAGAACAGCAAGAAGCGCAAGGCCGAAGAUGAUUUGGAAGAGGAGCAGCAGCCAGUUAAGGCACUGAAGGUUGAACACGUUCCAAAGGGACCCAAGACGAGCUUUACCGUCUUUGUUGGCCAGCUUAACUAUGACGCAACAUACGACCAGGUCAAGGAACACUUUUCCAAGUGUGGCGACAUCAAGGAGAUCCGAUUGUCGAGCUACGGUGCGGGUGGCAAGAACAAGGGCACAUGCUUCAUUGACUUUGAGGACAAGGAAGGCCACGACGCUGCCCUGAAGUUGAAUGGCGUCGAGUUCAUGGGCCGUAAGAUUAAGGUGGACCACGACGAGCCUCGCAAGAAGGAAGCCGUCUCUGAAGAAAGCAACAUUUUGUUCUACGCCAAUCUCGAUUGGGCCGUCACCGAAAAGCAACUUGAAAACUUGUUUUCCCAACAUGGUGAAGUCGUUUCCGUCACACUGCUUACCAAGCCUGGACCAGAAAGAUCGUCAAAGGGCUGUGGUUUUGUUGAAUUUGAAGAAAAGGAUUCCGCCGUUAAAGCAUUCAGUGCUCUGCGGGACUCCACCGUUGAUGGCCGUCCAUUGCGUCUGGACUAUGCUGGUCCUCGUGGAUCUUCAAAGAUCAACCGCAGACCUAAUCAGGAAAAGGGCGGCUUCAAGAAGGGCGGCUUCAAUAAGGGUGGCUUCAAGAAAGGUGGCUUUAACAAGGGCGGUUUUAACAAGGGCGGCUUUAACAAAGGCGGCUUCAAGAAUGGUAACAACCGCGGUCAAGGCCAAGCAGGCAAAUAACCGACAAGUUAUCAAUGGGCAUAUAAAACCGAUCACCACAAAAAGCACAGAAGCAUAAAUAGAUUUUAAACAUGUAUUCCUCCUAACAUUGUAUUUACUUAUUCUCGAUCCUCUUUUUCUUUCAUCAUUAAAGCAUGC